UGCUGCAAUGGUGCUUCAAAUAAUUCUGCGAUACUUGGCGAACAACGAGCAGCUAAUCCAACGUUUAGCCGACUCGUACCCUUUACGUCGUGCGGCACAGAUGGUGCUGAGCGCUUACUAUCGCACCCGAACCGUUGCCGAACAGCAGAAGCUCGUUGGAAUGACGCCGGAACGAUUGCAGCAAGCAAUACGCAGCUUCAAGUCGAAUGUGCAAAAAGAGAUCGAAAACGCCAAGAAUGAUUUGGGCAAAAAGAAGUGA